AAAAAAUAGAACUCACUCUUUGCAUAAAGAGCUGCAUAUGAAUAUUACUAAAAGCGCGCCAACUUAAACUGUGAAGCGUUUAAAGAACUACAUGAAUGACAGCCUGCGUACAGAUGUCUUUGUGAGAUUCAAUCCUGAAACCAUUGCAUGUGCCUGUAUCUACUUGGCUGCAAGAACACUACAGAUUCCACUGCCAAAUCGCCCUCACUGGUUCCUCUUGUUUGGUGCAACUGAAGAAGAUAUCAAGGAUGUCUGCCUUCAAAUUUUAAGGCUGUACACUCGCAAAAAGGCUGACCUAACACUUCUCGAAAGCAAAGUUGAGAACCGCAAACUAAUUCUUGAGGAGGCUAAAGCCAAGGCAAAAGGGUUGUUGCCAGAUGGUACACCUCGCAUAGACAAUGCUCCUGAGUUUUCUCCUUCUCUGAAAAAUGAUUCUCCAAAAGAAGGAAAAUCUAGUAAAUUGUCACCAGUUUCCACACAUACUCUGAAGAAUGCAAAGAGGAAAAUUGAUACCAAAAAGCCUACAUCAUCCAGUCCAGUCAAUGGAGUUGUUAAAAUCCGAGACAGAAGUGGCAGUGGAAGCAGAGAUCAGAGUUAUUCACGGUCACACUCUAGGUCCAAUUCGCCCAAGCGUCGAAAAAGUGAAAGUUAUUCUUCAUCCAGUGGUUCGAAGUCUCGCAGUCGCUCCAGGAGUCGCAGUGAUUCUCCUCCUCGAAAAGCAAAUCACGGAUCCUAUAAAAGCUCAAAAGCUCAUAUAUACAGCAAAAGCGAUGAGCACAAAUACUCUGGACACAAGCGUAGACGAUCACGCAGCAGGAGCUCAUCACCUGCCCACAGUCAUUCAAGGGAAAGCCCACAUUCUAGAAAAUACAGAAAGAAAAGCCAAUACUACCGUGAGCAGAGAAGAGAGCGCUCUCGUUCUUAUGAAAGAGUCAGCCAUCGAAGUUAUGAACGGGAUUACUCCAGCCACAGCCAUAACAGAAGAUGAAAAUUACCUCUGCCGUUUUAGGGUGGUUAGAGAAAAGUUAUUCUGGACACUACCAUUUAGUUAACAUUUAAGUUGCUACUAAGCAGGUUUCUGCAUUCAGUUCACACAGACGAGCAAUCUGUUAAUACCUGCCCUUUAAACAUGUAUUCCUAAGGUUAUUUACAUUUUGAAUAGCCUUGCCUAACCUUUUGCUUCUCUCCUGUGUUAUUCCCCCCACCCCACUGAGAACGGGACUGUAAAUGGCAGGCUCUCUCCUUUCUCCUGUAUGCUUAAAGCAGCUUUUGUAGAUCAGAAUUUAUGGCUGCCAUCAGGAAGAGGGGAGGAAGUCAGGGCUCUGAGCAUAUACUUCAGGGAUACUGUACGUAAUAUGGGCACUAUGCAUCUUGUGUCAAACUUCAUGGUGGAAAGUGUGAAAAGCUGUUCCUUUAGAAUUUCUCCUCACACAAUUAGGUGGCUGCUUAACUGCAACAACUUAAUUCCACAUACUACAGAGCUAUUCAUCAGCAUGUAAAAGUGAAAUGUCCAGGAAAACUUUGCGGAUCUGUCACCUCUAGGCAUGUAUGACCUCAUACUGAUCAAACAGACUCAAGAAACUGUGCCAAAUGUCAUUGGCCAAUAUUGUAUUUAGAAACGGACUUGUCUACAGAAAACCUAUUAUGUUGUUUGGUGCUAUAUCUAAAACAAUAUGUGCUAACUACAUUGUCAUGGCUUGUGUUUGGCUGCUAAAUCCCUUUUUACAAAAUCAUUACUUAUGAAUUUUACUGUAGGAUAAUCCUGUAUCAUACUGUACAGACCACCUAUAUUUGUAACACCCACAUAUUCUAAUUAGCAGAAAUGCUAGCAUUUGUAAAAAGCUUUGAAGGAAUUUAUGUUGGCUAUAAGAGGUUGGUUGGUUUUACAUACUGCUGACUCCUCGAAUACAUGAGCUAUGUUUGUUUGUUUUUGUGUGUUUUUUUCUUUCUCUAUGUAUGCCUAUAUUAGGUCAUACAUAUGACUUUUUUUGUUUUGUUCCAUCUGUGGGAACUGGCCUUAGACUUGAGCAUACUUUUUGUACAUAUCUACUUACUUUUCAAGGACUCAUGUUACUAUGAUCUGUUCUUCAAAGUGGACUUUUUUAUACUCUGAUGCUGCGUGCUGCUCUGUGCUGGCCACAAGCAGUCACAAGACAUUUCAUGUUGCAUAUGGUUCCAUGUCUUUAUUUAAAAAUUAAAAAAAAAAUGCAAUUCUACUCAGGAUAUUUGAUAGAUCAACAAAAAAGGUUUGUUUUCUUAUGUAACAGAUGUAUUGAACCCAAUCACAGCUAGGCCGUAUCAGUUUUAUUGGUAUAUCCAAGCUGUAUUUCUUUAUUUCAUUAAAGUAUUCAAUUUUGUAUAUAAAA